AUGACGCGACCGCACAUAAUCAGAGCAGACACCAUCGACCUGCAGGACAAAUCAUCGCCCACCGCUCAAGACCACUCCCAUCAGCCCCAACACCCUGCGCCUCUCGGUAUUGGCCCAGCAGCGCCCCAUCAGCAGGCUGCUAUACGGCAUGUAGAGCAGGAGCGCACCUCAGAGGAGGCGCGUCUGCACGAUGCAUGGAGCGAUGCUGGCAACACGCUACGAGACGAUCCCGGCUCAGAUGACGACCGCACCGUCAUCAAUGGAAACAAGGGCACACAGCAGGACGAGCAGGCCGUCAGGCUGAAUGGCGGUACAUCUAGCGACGGUGAUGAUGGCGACAUGCAGGACGCCGACGUGGAGGAAGACAUGGACGAUGAUAUGAUGGAUAAGAUUUCGAGUUCGCCCUCGAUAGACGAUGGCGAAUGCUUACGAGAAACAGAGGACAUUGACUUCGAAUUCGUUUACGCCCUGCACACAUUUGUCGCGACCGUCGAGGGUCAGGCAAACGCAACGAAAGGUGACACGAUGGUGUUACUUGACGACAGUAACAGCUACUGGUGGCUAGUACGAGUAGUCAAGGAUAACAGCAUUGGGUACCUGCCCGCCGAACACAUCGAGACACCGACGGAACGCCUGGCCCGCCUCAACAAGCAUAGAAAUAUAGACCUCUCCGCAACGAUGCUUGGUGAUACGGCCGAGAAGUCCAAAAACCCGCUUAAGAAGGCUAUGCGACGAAGGAACGCUAAGACCGUACAAUUCGCUCCUCCUACCUACGUCGAAGCCUCCGACUACGACUACUCUUCCGACGAGGGUGAGGGCGAACUUUUUGGUGGCCCGGAGCCAAAGCAAAUGCAACAGCAGCAGGCAGCGACACAAGAUGGCGAUUCUGCGCCGGAAGAAAACCUCGAAGUGCAACCUCUCAAGGUUAACGGCGCAAAGAAGGAUGCCCAGACUGAUGGUGAUGCGCGAGGUUCAAGCGAGGAGUCUGCCAAACGAGGAGAAGACCGAGAAAGAGGUAGUGAAGAUGUCGACCGGCCUUUGGACCCAAAAGUGUCUCGGAAUGGCACUCUCCGCAAUACGGACUCUUUCUUCAAAGACGAAAACACCGAGACACGCAAAAUUACCCUCACCCCGAAUUUGCUUCGCGACGACUCCAGUACAUCGACUACGGGCUCCCGCGAGCGCGGGCCCAGCCUCGAAAGUCUGGAGAAGAACGGUUUCGCAGACAAAGUCAAGGACGACAAGAAGAAGAAAGAGAAGAAGUCGGGUAUGCUCAGUGGGCUUUUCAAGCGCAAGGACCGCAAAGGCAAGGGUGCACAAGAUUCCGUGGACAGCGACAUCGAGAAGCCGGAAGAAAUGGACCGCAGCUCGCCGCAAUCAAAACCAUCGGAUGAACUCGCAGAACGACCGUCAGCUGAACAGGCAACAGCACCAGCACCGCUGAGACAGUUGAGCAAGCCCAAGGUGCAUCGAAGUCAACGCAACCGAGACGAUUCACCGCAAAAGACAAAGGGUAUCUUGAAGACCGAAAGUCCGACUGAGCUGAGCGCCGAGCCAGAUGCCAUGUCGGACGGGACUGACAACCAGCCAGCCGCACAGCAAUCUUCGUUGACCAUGCGUUUGGUUCCACCCGAGCAAGAUCAGGCAAACAGGCCUUCUGUGGAAGAACAGACCAUGUCGCCAGACUCAACAUCCGCGCCUACAAGUUCAAGAAACCCAUUCAGUGGCAUGAUGAAGUCACCACAGGAAGGAGAGGUCAAGCGUGAGAAGGUUACCAAGGCGAAGCAGCGCGUGCAGCUGGAUGACUUCGAUUCAGAUGAAAGCAGCGAUCCUUUCGCGGAUCCUGAUGCUCAAGAUAAGCCAGGCGAAGCUGAGAAGUCAGAGUCUACCGGGCGCCUCUCUGAGUCUCCAGUACACGUCUCCGCGGCGGAUGCGCAGCCUUCACAGAAAGAAAGCGCUGUCGACAGAGAAAGAGAGUCUGAAUCCCACCACACUCCAGGCUUGUCUACCGAUAGCUCAAGCCAGGAGACCAGCUCCCCCAUUUCGACGCCUACGCCUGACGACAGCCCUAUGAAAACCAUUCCAGAGAACAACACGAUUUCGACUUUCAGGUCUGACAACACUUCAUCUCCUACGCAUCAUGCAUCCGAACCGGUCGGCCCUCCACCGUCAAGACCAGCACCAAUUCCUACCAAGGAUCGCGAACCCUCGCCCCCCGUAUCCUCGGAAAGCACGAUGCUUCCUGCAUGGUCGGACGCCUCACUCCGCGCUUACCUCGAUGACGGUAGCGAAAUCCGGGAUAUGCUCGUUGUUAUCAAUGACACUACGGGUGUUGUACCUGUUGGUCGCGAUCAUCCGCUGAUGAAAGACUAUCUCUCCGAGGAGACAAAGACCAUGCAAGGCCUGAGUGGUGAACUAGAUCGUCUGCUCAACGGGCUCAUGGAGAAGCGCAUGAAGAGAGCUGGAAGCGGUGCUAGCACCGCGCGCAGCACAAGCGCAAACGGGAGCUUGAGGGCGGGGUCGAGAUUCUAG